AUGCAUGGAAUUCUAAGCCUGGCAGCGCUGCAUCUUGCCUACAGACACCCUGCCGACAAGCCGCGACUUGUCUGUAUCGCCGCCUAUCAUCACAACAUAGCACUACGGGGAUUUCAACACGGCAUCAGCCAAGUGAACGAUGGAAAUAGUGAUGCUCUAUACGCCUUUUCUUGUUUAAACAUGGUCUAUGUGCUGGCCUUCUUUGGACCUCUCUGCGAUGGCGCUUCUGUCGACAGCAAGUCCCGCAUUCUCGGAGAAGGGUGGAUCCCAGCGAUACGCGGCGUCGACGCAGUACUACAUCCUGUAUACGAUAGGGUAUGUCGAGGGCCACUGGAUGACUUGACAAAGAUCGGCAACUGGGAUCAACUGGACCCAGAUCAACAAGCAUUUACUCACGAUGAUCACUUCCGCAGUAUACAACAAGUUUGGGAGAGCAAUAACGACGCAUGCAUCUACAAUGAGUCACUCUAUCUACUCCGGAAAUGCAACGCAUAUAUGAAGCAGUUCGAGACAAUGAGCAGUGAGGCUAAAGCUGAGUGGGGAUACAAUCAGGACUGGUCAGCACCAUAUAUAUGGUUACACGCGACUUCUAAGGAGUAUCUUGACUUGCUACAACAGCGAAAGCCACCGGCUUUGCUUCUUUUUGCAUAUUUCGGUGCUUUGGCCCAUGCUUUAGACGGAUCCUGGUUUAUGGAAGGUUGGGGGCGAAGUAUAAUACUUGUUGUCGAUGAGUUACUAAGAGGAUAUUAUGACCGAUGGAUAGAGUGGCCUAAAGAAAUUAUACGUAUAUAA